AUGAACACACAGGUGGUGUAUGCAUUAAUCACUUUUAUGAUUGCAUUGGUUCUCUAUCGGCCAUUUGCCACGCGCUUGGAUCAUGUGCGAUACACUAUCUUUUGCUUGCUUGCUUUCGUUGCACCCAUGUCCUCACAGCUUUUCUAUACGCCAUCUUUCUACGGGACUGACAUAAGCAACCUCCACAACAAUCACACCAUCGACCGGCUUUCUUUGAUGGGCGCCCUCGGCUCAACACAAUACCAACACCAUGAAUCACAACACCUAUUUCAAAACGAGCUUCUUCAAGAUAACAUCAUCCUCGCUUUGCUCACAGGGACAACAAUAACAAUUUGCGGAAUCCUUUCUCGCUGGGACUUCCCCAUUCUGUAUGUCAAGCCUGAAGCCCACUACAUGGUUGACAUUGUUUAUCGUCACGUGCCUUCGAUCUGCUUAGUGAUUGCUGCUUUCAUUCAUCGCAACAAUCAAGGGUACCAAGAAGUGAAUGAUAGCAUGCAACAUCAAGUUGCUUGUUUCCUUGCACCGUUGCUAGCUGGUGUUUGGUACUUUGCUGGCACCUACCUUUUUCGGCGAUGGCACAUCACCAUGGCAGCAUCCUUCAUUCCCGCUACGAUUUGGGCACUUUCCAAGAACCCAAAUACCCAAUCAAUUUUUUCUCAAUGGUCAUUUUAUGACUGGUUUGCAUGCACAUUGAUGAUCACAAGUGCAACGCUGAUGCUUGAUUACUUUGACGCGAUCCUCAACACGUAUCCCUACCUUGUCACCAACUCAGCCAAGCAACGUGAAGCUAUCCAAGAUCCUGCACGUGCACCCUAUUGGCUUGCACUAGGCGAGCUCAUGCUGUGCCUUUCUUCUGAACGUGAGCUUAAUCCACUUCCCAUACGUGACAUGCAAGAAGCUAUCAUGAAAUUAGGCCACUCGGGUCGUUCUUGGAAAACAAUGUCGAUCCUUUUCCCAAGCAAUCUUCGACAAGAAAUGUGCAUGUUGUAUGCAUGGUUUCGCUUAUGCGAUGACCUCGUGGAUGACGCUGACGAAUACAAAGAAGGCCGAUUUGCAUUGAAUUUGAUCCGUACUUUUUUGGAUGAGGCAUUCAAUGGUCCUGAUGACGACUUGAAAACUUGCACUAGCGAAGCUGGAAGAUUGGCUAUGCAAGAUCCAAGCUUACCAUUCCUUGAUUGGGAUUACCUGGAUAAUCAUCUCACUUCGGAUCGCCUUGCUGUUUUUCGUUGCUUUGCUCGUCAAGCUUUCAUGUUGUGUCCCAAGGCUGCUAAUGCACUUACCGAUGCUUGGGCAAUUGAUCUCAAGAAAAAACCGCUCAAGACUGAAGAAAGCGUCAAAAAUUAUGCAAGCUUGAUUUCGGGGCGAUUUGCUGAGUUGUGUACCUGCGUUAUCAUGUACAAGACAGGUCAUGGCAAUUGGAAUGGCGAUGACUUUGAAGCACGCGAUUCAACUGUGUUACAUCGUGCUCGUGCUACUGGUCAAUGUUUACAAUUGGUCAACAUUGCACGUGAUAUCGUGGCUGACAGCCAUGAGGGCCGAUGCUAUGUACCAUUGAAAUUUAUGCACGAUCAAUCAAUCUAUACAACUCUCAAAACACGUCGUCCCGAUGUCGUUGGCUCAAAAGUGCUCAAGGGCUAUGCACUCAACAUUCUUGGCCUUGCCGAUAGCUUGGUGCCCCAAGGCCAUCUUGGUAUAAAUGGUCUUCCUUUUGAAGUACGUGAUGGUGUAAGAGCCGCUUUUGAGAUUUAUCUUGCCAUUGGACCUGCAUUACGUGAGGCGGAAAACUUUCCCAUUCGUGCCAAGGUUCCAAAGUCUCGACAAAAGAUGAUUGCCUUCAGCUGCAUCUAUGGCUUGUAUGGUUUGCGGCAAAAGUCAAUGGGCGCCAUUCGUAGCCUUGUCCACCCACUUGGUCUCAGCUACUACCAAAAGCCAAAUCCCUCUUUUUGA